AGCCAUUGCGGCUCAAGGGCGCGCCUUCCCGUCACCCGCCCCCCGCGCCAUUGGCCAGCGGCCUGGCCCCGCCGCUGGCUGGGAGGGCAGCGGCCGCGGUCGUUUGCAGCAUGGCAUCGCCGCAGCAGCAGCAGCAGAUGAUGAUGGCCGCGAUGCAGCAGCAGAUGAUGGCCUCGCAAAUGGCCGCGGCCGCCAAAGGCGGAGCCGGCGGCGCUGGCGACGGCGGCGUGGGCAACGAUAGAGCGAUUUCGGUCAGCGGUUGCUCCCACGGGACCGUGGGAGCCAUCGUCCGCGGCUCUUACACCAUGGCGUCGCAGAACCACGGGAAGCCCACGUAUAAGAAGGAUACGCAGGUCAACGGCCUUGACGUGAUGCUGUACUUCUGGGACGAGCGUGACGGGAAGGCGUUCAGCGGCUGGUGGUUCGGGCCGAAGGUCGGGGGCGACCAGGUCUGGGCCUACCACCCGGGCAACAUCGCGACCCCGCCGAAGAGCGGUUGGAAGGUGCCCUGCGAUGGGCCCGUCGACCCGACCUUCGCCAUCGCGGGCGGGGCCGGGCAGGCCUGGGGCGGCCAGCAGCAGCAGCAGCAGCAGCAGCAGCAGCAGAUGCAGCUGCAGAUGCAGCAGAUGCAGCAGCAGCAGAUGCAGCAGCAGCAGAUGCAGCAGCAGGCCAGCAGCAGUGGGGAGGCCAGCAGCAGAAGGGCGGCCCGCAGCAGGGCUGGGGUGCCGCCCAGAAGGGCGGGCCCAAGGGAGACCCCAAGGGCGGGGCCAAGGGCGGCUACGGCAAGGGCGGCAAGGAUCAGCAGUCCCAGCAGAUGGCGAUGCAGGCGCAGAUGCAGAAGAUCGAGGAGAUGAAGAGGCAGCAGGAAGAGCUCAAGAGGAAGCAGGAGGAGGAGAAGCAGAAGAAGGAGGCAGAGAUGGCGAGGAAGCGCCAGGAGCAGGCCUCCACGCUGACAAUCCGUAGGGUAAUCACGAAGCUUCGCACUGCGACGCCUGAGUCCAUAGAUGAAGUCAAGGCGGAGCUCCAGACGACCCUCGCGAAGGAGCUCGGGAACUGCGGCGCUCAGACGGCGAAGAUGCAGGAGGAGGCAGAGAAGGGGGUCCAGAUGGCCACGCAGCGCAUCGAGCAGCUCCUCGCCCAGAAAAGGGAGCUGGAGGCGAAGAAGGCCGCCAUGGAGUUGCAGCGGAAGGAGGCGAGGGAGACUGCUGAGAAGCUCCUGAAGGAGCUCGAGGCCCUCGGAGAGCAGUCCGAGACCAUGGUCCAGGAGAUGAAGGAGAAGAGCGAGCCGCUGAAGGAGGCGGCCGAGAUGAGCAUGGCCCUUGUGGAGAAGACGGCCAAGGCCGUUGAGGAGAUGGGCAACAAGGCCAAGGAGAAGGUGAAGUCGGUGGCGGAUUUUCUCAGGGAGAACAGCCAGAAGAUGAAGGUCCCUCCGAAGGAGGGCGCGGUAGACAUCGCCGCCGGGAUCACCAAGGCAUUCAGCAAGAACUCGGAGCACACCCGCGAGGCGGAGAUUGCCAUCAAUUUUGCGAAGGCCACGCUGGCCAAGAUGGCGAAGAAGGCCAGGGCAACGAAGAUGAUGGAGGCCAUGUCCGCCACUUUUGCCAAGUUCAACAAGGCCAAGGAUGGCUUCAUGAGCAAAGGCGAGAUCAAAUAUUACGCGAAAGCCACCUUCAAGUUCACGCUGAGCGACGCGGCCCUCAAGCAGAUGUUCGCCCUCCUCGGCGCAGAGAGGGGCGUGCAGAGGGAUGAUUUCCAGAGGCUCAAGGUGAUGAUCGGCUGCGCCCGCGAGAUGGAAAAGGACGAGGCGCGGAAGAAGGAGCGAUUGGAGAAGGAGGCGGUGCUCGAGGGGAUGAAGAAGGAGGCCAGUGAGCAGAUCGCCAAAGCGCUGGAGGCGAUCCUUGCUUCGGAGGAGCUCGUCAAGAAGGCGGACGUGGCGGCGGCGACGGCAUUCGGCAGGGCUUCGAAGACGGAGGCCUCGGGCAUGGCGGGAGAGGCAGACGACUUGGACAAGCUGGUCGCGGAGGCGAAAGAGGACGUCGAGAAGACGAGGGGGGCCAUGAAGAGCCUGGCGGAGGGCAUCGAGGACGACAUCCGAGCGUGGGCGACGGGCGAGCUCCGGCCGCUCGAGGCGAAGAUGAAGGCCUGGGACGCGAGGACGAGCAAGGCGACGGCCACUGUGGCCAAGCUGCGCGACAUCGCCAAGAGGAAGGAGCUGGCCGAGCUCGCCGUGGUCGAGGGCCGCGCUCUCGCCAUCAUGAGGUUCCACCAGCGGGAGAAUAAGCUCCGCAAGGAGCAGCUGUUUGAGCUCUUCGACGCCGAUAAGGACGGCAAGGUCUGCGAGGCCGAGUUCGUCAAGUUUUUCGAGAGCUGCAAGCGCCCGCCGAAGGCCAGGGCGGAGAAGAAGGAGGGCGAGGCCGAGGCCAGCGGCGGCGGCGAGGACGAGCUGGAGCCCGCCCCCACGGCCGAGAGCCUGUCCAAGGUGUUCAAGAGCCUGGACGAGGAUGAAGAGGGCUUCCUGUCCAAAGGCCGCUUUGGGAUGAUCAUGAUUUCUGUCAUGAAAGUUGUAGUGGAGACCAAACUCUCGAAGGAAGCGGCCGCCGACAGUGACGCGGUGAGGCAGCUGGAUAAGGGAGAGGUGGUCGAGGUGGUCGAGGUUCCCGUCGAAGAAGGGAAGACCAAGCGCGCAAAGGUGGUCGCCAUCAAGGACGGCGCCGAGGGCUACGUGACCGUGACAGAUGACAAUGGCGCGGUGUUCCUCAGGGAGGGUGGCAAGAUGUUCAAGGUGGUGAAGGAAACCAUCAUGACCGAAUGCUUCGACCUCGAGGAAGAUGCUUCAGAAAAGAAGGUGGCCGCCAGAAAGCUCAAGGUGGGAGAGCUUGUCGAGGUCAGGGAGUACCCGAAGAAGGAGGAGAAGUCUGGGCUCACGCGCAUGAAGUGCAAGGCCAAGACGGACGGCCGCCUUGGCUGGGCCACCACUCUCGGCAAUGUCGGGGCGGUGUUCUUGGAGGUCGCGUAGGGCUUCGCAGCAUGCUCAAUACGAUCGA